AGAGAGAGAGAGAAACAGAUAAAAAAAUAUAAAGAAGAGAGAGAAAAGAAAGGAAUCCCAACGACCCAGAGAGAAACUAGAAAGAGACAUUAAAAAAUCGCCAGACAGGAGAAAGAAAGGCUGUGAUUUGGGUUGCGGGAAGAACUGGGGUGUGAUCCCCCACGCGCAUUCCUUGCGCUUGUUACUUGUUACUCUCUCCCCCUCUCUCUCUCUCUGCACAUAAUUAUCUUUUUCUUUCUCUUGUGAUGACCCCUGUGUGAUCCGAUUCUCUCUCUCUCUCUCUUCAUCCUUACAAAAGCUACAAAGUUGAAUCAUUGGCUGCAUUUGUCUUGGAUCAUAGUCUCUCUGCUAUGUUGCGGAAAAUGAGAAUUUAGUGGAGCAACAAGAAGGGGAAGAAGAAGAAGAAGCUGCUGCAGAUAUUGGGAUGUCAAAAAGCUCUGCUUUUGGGUCGUUUACAUCUUGAAAAAUGAAUAUGUUGAUGCGAGGAGAUCUUGAUCCAAAGUCAAUGCAAGCAUACACUGGUUCUCUGAACGAUGUUUUGAGGACAACUAUGCUCAACCAGGAGGUUAUGUUUAAAAAGCAGGUUCAUGACCUCCAUCAUCUAUAUGGGAUACAGAAGACACUGAUGCAGAACGUUGGCAGGAUGGAGUUUGGUAGAUACAAUUUCAGGAAGGCUAGUGCUGAGUCAACUCUGUUACCGUGCAGAAAUUCUACACGAGAUGAACCUAUGGACUUCUUAGAAGGGUACAAAGGUGUAUAUGAUAAGAUUCAGCCGAGGACUCCUGAUCUUAAACUUCCCUCGGAUCAAUGCGUUAGCUAUAUUGGUAAGAAUCUCCUGAAGAAUAAUAAUACAAGAGACCACUUGAAAGUAACUCUGGGACUUAGGAGUUCUCUUUGUUGUGAUAAUUUCACAGAUCCAGCAGAUUUGACGCUUUCCCUGAGCAUUCAAGACGACAGUAGGAGAGAGGGAGGUACUAAGAGAACUUGGUUUGAUGUAGAAACUCAUUCCUGCUCACACCAAGUGAUUGAUUUAGAAGAAUCAAUUGAGAGGACAUCAAUCGAGGGUUUGGAACACUCACCCUCUUUCAGCAGUGCUACUCCAAUAAAAAACUUCGGGGCCAAGCACGAUUCUGAAGUUUCUGUCCUUGUUGAUCCUAUAGUCUCAAGUUGUGGGAAGGAAAAUCUAUUGUUUCCUGCUGCAGACAGUAACCCCCUUUCAGAUCACAGUGAGUGGAAUCCAUUCAAUCAAGGACUAAAAAAGCUUUCUGGUGGUGUCCCAAUUAACAAUUUGUCCACCACAAGGCAACAUUUCAGUUCAUGUGAAGCAGGGCUUCUGGACCUCAACAAAAUUCAGCAUGAUGAUUCAUCUUGUCUGUCAAAUGAUCCUACAGUAGCCCAUCCUUCAACAGCAAGCUCAUCACAUGCUUUUCAUGGAUUAGUUGGCGAGGUAGAGGAAGGCACUCCUUGUUUCGGAACUGGGGAAAAGAAAAAUGAUAAUGACUCAAAUAAAGCUUCUGAAACGUUUCAAAAAGAUGAUUCUGGAGAUUUUGCUUCCACGAACUCCAAAAGAAAAAAUGAGAGAACAGAUUAUUGGGGUGGGAAUUCCAAAGUUGAUGUAUUGAGCAUAAGUGAAAUGGGCCAUGUAAGUUUGGAGGCUGCGUCUAGACCCAAGAUAGACCUCUGUGAAGCAGUUUGUUGUCACAGUAAUGACCCUGGUAAGGGAAAUGACGGGUUCAUCAUGGGACUCCUAGACUGUCGAACUCGUUCAUGUGAAGCUGCUAAACAAGCAAACCAUGAGAACAACAAAGCAGAAGACCCUAUAUUUUCACAUUCUGAUCUUAGUCAAAAAAGAGAUCAAGAUGGACAUGGAAAUAUAUCUUCUGCUUCAUGUAAGCCGGGCUGCAUUGGUGAUAAUGAUUCCAGCAGCAUAAAGACUAUGCAAUCUGAGGUUGAGUACAGAAACUCAAAUCCCUUUUGUGUUGAUCAAUUUUCCGAAACACAUGUAGGGUAUCAAGUUUCAGAAACCUUAAUGGUUGAACAGGACCAAAGAUCUUCCAACAACAGUCAAUUAAAACACAAAUGCCUCAAGAAGGAAGGAGAAUCAGCUGAACUCGAUGUUUUGAUCAAAGAGGCAGCCGAAGCACUUGUCGGAAUCUCAUUGGAGAACUCAUCUGGUUAUCAAGAUUGUCCUUACAAAGUAGGGGUAUCAAAUAAGAUGGAAAUGAAGGAGAGUGAGCAACCACAGUAUUCUUCUGAUUCUUUCGAGUUAAUCACACUAAAGCUAACAGAAAGCAGCGCGGAUGACAAUUGUGUGUCAUCAAAGCCUUCUGAAGUAGAUUACACUGAUAGAAAGGAUUUUGGUGUUAAGUUGAGAAGGGGGAGAAGAUUGAAAGAUUUUCAGAGGGACAUACUUCCUGGUCUGGCAUCCCUUUCCCGGCAAGAAAUUCGUGAAGAUAUAAACAUUAUGGAGGCAGUUUUAAGAUCAAGAGAGUACAAAAAAUUAAGAGCCAAGGCGGCUGAUGGUCAAAGCUGGUGUGCUCCUGUCAAAAACAAACGUUCACGACUAAACUAUGUUCCACGUAGGAAAAAAACUUUAUGAGAAGUUUUAAGUUGGGAAUGGCAUAGAUCUGAGCAAGUAUUUGUUUGUAACCAUUGGCUGCAUAUAACCUUAUGUUCUGACUUUAGAAUCAUUUAGCUACUUUCUGAUUCAUGUACUGAUCUUAAUACUAGUAUUGGUAACUGGAUAAAUGUUAACCCUAAUCCCGCAGAGAUACAAAAUUAAUGAUUGAGAAGGUGAGUUUGCUUGUGUCA